AUGUGCGCGGGAAGGGGAGUGGUGCCACCUGCGACUGCUCCAAGCGCUCCUCACCACUCACUGCUCCUGUGUGUCCAGGGCCGGUGGCACCAUGAGGCUAGCGGGACGCGCUGCGCUGCUGGUGGCGCUGCUGAUCCUGGCUCAGCUGCACCCGGGGAGCAGCCAGUGGAGCCCGGAGGAAGAGGCGGCGGCCGCCAGCAUCCCGAGCAUCCAGGACCCAAGUCUGCGCUGGAGCCCCGGGGCUCGGAACCAGGGCGGCGGAGCCCGCGCGCUCCUCUUGCUGUUGGCCGAGCGCUUUCCCCGCCGCGCUGGGCCGGGCAGAUGGGGAUCUGGGACCCCAGGCGAGCGGCCGCGACGGGACGACCCUCCGCUGUCCAUUGACCUCACCUUCCACCUUCUGCGGACCCUGCUGGAGCUGGCGCGGACGCAGAGCCAGCGGGAGCGCGCAGAGCAGAACCGCAUCAUAUUUGACUCGGUGGGCAAGUGA